GUCAAUUCCGUGUAAAAAACGGGCCCUUAAUAUAUUUAUGAAAAUAUUAUUGGUCGAACAUUUAAAGUGAACCAAACAAUACCUUUUCUCCCAAAAGAAAAGGGUAUCCCGCUGAGCCGCUGCAGAAGAGUCGACGGCAAAUCAAGAGAAUGGGAGCGGAAGCAGAAGGCGGCGGCGGACAGCAACUAGAACCCAACCCGGCGGAAUCAGUCCCAAAUCCGAAUCGCAUAACGACCGAUCAGUUCCUCUCCUGGAAACGCCAAAAGGAAGCCGAUGCGUCUGUGAAGAAGACAGAAGCGGAGCGGAAGAGGGCGGAGGACAUAGACGCCGGAUUGGUGCAGAUGAACGGCCGGGAGCUUUUCGCUCGCCAGCCAUGGGUCUUUAACAAUGACAUCUAUUGACCCUUUCACUUUGCCUUCUUUCAAUUCAUUGUGCUUUUGCAAUGCCAUUGUAAUUUUCAUUGAAAACUCAUCUUAAACUAAACUCAUUGAAUUCUUUACCAUAUCUCUUUUCUUCUAAAGCUCUUCUCUUUCCCUUUGUAUUUUUUUGGGAUCCAAAAGACCCCAAACUCACACUGAAAGAAAAUAGCAUGGAGUAU